AUGGUUGAUCACAUACUUGAUAACAAAUAAUCGAAGUGGGUCGCGCUGCCGCGCACUGCGCACUGUAGACCGUGUGCUCAAACCAUUUUAAUUACACACUUAUCAUUUUCUAAUAUUCACGUAUUACUAGAAUAAUUCCGUUAUCGGUCUUAGAACAACGUUAUCUCGUUAAUAAAAGAUAUAAAUAUAGAUAAACGAAAUUACUUUUCGCUCACUUCAAGGCAGUCGGGGCGCGAUUUACAACUGAAUUCACAGUGUUAAGUGUUUCAAAAUGUCAGAUUGGCGAACUGAGUGGCAGAACUUAAAAAUACCAGACAUUGAAGAAGAUUGGUAUCGUGUCGACAAGAGCCUCCUCAGUCCAGAGCUCCAGCAGAAGUUCAAGCAGCUAGAUCCAGAUGACGACACAAAGGCGUUCCUGUCGGCCUCCAUCGACAAGUCCACAUGGGUCUGGAUGCAGAUCUGGUAUCUGCUGGCUAAAGCCGUACUUCGGCACUUCUGGUCUAUCACCGACAUUAAUGGAUGGCUGGGCCGCGGCUCGAUGUUCGUGCUAUCUUCCGCGCAGGCGCGCACACUGCUGGGCGGCGCGCCGACCGGCGCUCUCGUGGAUGUCGGCGCGGGCGACGGCGAGGUCAGCCGCCGCUUCUCGCAGCUGUUCGAGCAGCGGUACGCCACCGAGAUCUCCGCCAGUAUGAGAAAGGCGCUCAGCAGUAAGGGAUAUACUAUCCUUGACACGGAGAACUGGUGGCGCGGGCAGCAGUUCCAAUGCGUGAGCAUGAUGAACUUGAUCGACCGCUGCAGCCGGCCCAAGACCAUGCUCCUAGAAGCCCGCGCCGCGCUCGCCCCCGGAGGGAUCCUCCUCUUAGCCCUAGUCCUGCCCUACAAGCCCUACGUAGAAGUAACUCCUGACCACAAACCCGAAGAGCGUCUACCAAUCAGCGGCGCCCGUUUCGAGCAGCAAGUGGAGUCGUUCGUGGCGUUCAUGCGCGACGAGUGCGGGUUCGAGCUGGUGUCGUGGGCGCGCGUGCCGUACCUCUGCGAGGGCGACUUUGCGCAGGCAUACUACUGGCUCGAUGAUUCUGUCUAUGUGUUCACGCCUAAGCCCAUUCAUGAGUCUUCUUAA